AUGACCGUCCAGGAAGGCAAGCGCCGCACGGGAAACUUCGAGACCAGAGGCUUAGGGAACUGGACAAACGCAUAUGUUCAAGCCAAGAAGCUGGUAGCUCAGAUGACCGCCGAAGAGAAAAGCAAUUUCACGUACGGAUAUACUUCGACCAUUAAUGGCUGCUCUGGAAACUCGGGCGGUGUUCCGCGGCUCGGGUACCCUGGAAUCUGCCUUCAGGACGCAGGCAAUGGGGUCCGUGGCACCGACAUGGUGAACAGCUAUGCCUCGGGCAUUCAUGUCGGCGCAUCGUGGAACCAGCUGCUCACCUAUGAUCGGGCAAUGGAAAUGGGGAGGGAGUUCAAGAGGAAGGGGGUGAAUGUUGCGCUCGGACCUGUAGUGGGCCCUUUGGGUCGUAUUGGCCGGAACUGGGAGGGCUUUGGCAAUGACCCAUACCUCUCGGGGGUUUUAGCAGGCGUUACCGUCCUGGACUACAAGAGUCUGUGA